UGCAGCUUCCGAUGGCUAGUGAAAAUAGUCGCUUGAACGACGUUGUCUGUUGCUGUCUGGGAAAUAUGCUAAAGCUCUUUGAUUAUAUUUUUGCACUAAAAUGAAGUGAUGGUGUAAUUGGCGAACAUGAAUAGAAGAUGCAGGCAUUUAAGAGAAAAACUUAAACAAAAGUCAGCGGAAGAGAAUACUGCAAAAUGUAGCGGUAAACUUUCACCCAAGUCAAAGCAUAACAAACUAAACCGAGGCCUACGGUGCUGUGCUGCAGAAUCGCCCACUAAUUAUUUUUCUUCAGUAUUGCCAGAUGAAACUAUUCCACAGAAGACUCCAAAAAGACAAUCCGCGAGGAACCCAUUAGCUUCCUAUGGAUCCCCAUCAAAUGAUACAGAAGUACAACAGGAAAUAUUUUGGGACCCCACUUCUCCAACAGUCUACAAACUUGGGCAAGGAAAGAAAAGGAUAAUUGGCAAUGGACGCUUUGUUGAAAUUUCAGAAAUUGUCAAGCGUAUUGCUCCUCGGGAGGAAAAACCAGCAAACUCAGAGCAGCCCCUCCUGAAGAUGUGGAUUGGAGAUGAUGCUAUUCCGUCUACUCCUGGAAUACUGAAGAUAAGAACUAGAUCUAAAAUAAAUGGCAUACGACUUCAAAGAAGAAAUACUGAAGAAGAACUUAUGAGACUGGCAAAGCAGUUUGACAGGAAUUUUCUGGAGCAAGAUGUCUGCCAAGAAGAAGUCCAGAUUGAAGAGAUAAGCCAUGUAAAUGUAGGCAGUUUGGUUGACUGCAAAGAAACAGUAGACAAUUUGGAUGGCUGCAGAGAAAAUGUUCCUCAACUUCAGAACCUUCAGUUAGCAGUAAAACAAGCAAAUGAAACAGAAAUCUUAACACUGUCCUUCAGAUCAGUACCAUCUUCCAGUGAACUGCGGGCAGAAAGGUGCAGCCAGGUUUCUGUUGAUCUUGAAGCUGAAGCUUCAAUAAAUGCUCUUUUUGAUGGCCCCACACAGCAUCUCACUGGCUCAUUCAGUCCGGCAUCAUCUGAAACAACAUCAUCAGUUAUUCCUUCGGGUGAAAAUCUGAACAACCGAAGAACACAGACAUGUGCAUCUCUGCAGCCCUGUACUUCCCACAAGGCAUCCAUGCCAAAAACAGAAGGCUCCUCUGCGCUACAGACACAACAGAAGUCUCUGCCUGCAAGUACUGCUCAAGCUAAAGAAAUGCACUCUACAAACCAUGAAAGAAAGGAUUCCCUGAAAACAGUGUCUGGUUCUCAAUCUGCUGCCACAUGCACUCCAAAUGAUGAUUUUGAUGAUGAUUGGUGCAAUGAUGACAUGCUGGAAGAUUCAUUUGUUAUGAUGGUCACUCAGAAUCCUGAGCUUGUUGUUAAUACCAGGCAUUCUGUUACCCAGCCAGCUGUCAUAUGUAGCAGCAGUUUAAUUUCUAAAAAAAGAGAAGAAGUCAAAGAUUGUAAGCACAAUGCAAGUAGUAUGCCAUUGCUACCUUUAGCGAACCAUAUCCAAGCUUCUCAUCAGAAAAGUUAUGGCAGUGGUCUGCCUUGCAUUGUAGAGGCUCUUCCUUCUCAUAAGGCAUCAGACCGUACUGAUAAUUUAAGUAAUCAAGUCAGCCAUUUCAGCCAUUUGCAGACUAGUAAUUUCAAUAGUCAAAGAACUGGAUUAGCUGCAUCUAGUAGUACUAGAAAAUGUGCGGCAUCUAUUGCACCAGUUAAAAUUAGUGAUGCGUGUAUAGAUGUUAAACAAGAUUUUCAUUUUCAGGAAAGGCAACACAAUUUAACUUCUCAUGGUAUUCUUUCAGUUCCACAUGAAAAGUCUAAACACAAUAGUAUUUCUUCUGCAUUUCAAAAGCCACCAAUUAGGGACCAGUUAGUAGAUAAAGUGAUAAGUAAAAGCCUGGAGAAGAGCUCUGAGACUGGAAAGAUAAAUUCAGCAUGCACAGAUGACUGGAAUGACUCACUCUUUUGUGAUCUAGUUAUGUCGGACAGCAUUUGGGAUACAAAUGAUGAGGAUGAUGAUGCAUUGUACCAAAUUUGUGAUGAUGUUGAAAAACUGACUCAGAGCCAAAGCAAGAACCCAGAAGAGAGCAACACCAAAACUACAUGUGUGGCAGAUGUUAAAAGAACGUUUAGUGGUACGUUGUUGCCUAAGCAAGAACAGCAGUGCAGGCUGGCUGUACAGCAAGGCUCAACUGAAAGCCCAUGUACUUUCCCAAAGGGAACUGAAAGCCAUAUAACAUCAAAAUCAGCUGUAAGUGGGAGUGCACUGAGCAGUGGGAAAAACAUUUCUGCAUCAUUGUCAGCUAUUGCAAACAAGAUGCUUGUUCAGAACUGUAAUCGAGAUUCUCAGAACCUCGUCCAGCAUCCUUUAGGGAAGAACAUUAACAAUGUCUCUGUAACUUUUAAUCGAUCCAAUUCUUUACCAUCUGGGAACUUGGAUAUGAAAAACUGUAUAACUGACACAUCAAAGUCUUGCCAAGUUGUAGCUAACCAAAAUGUAAAAUACAUGCAGUCUGGUGCAGUGCCAGCCUUCAGUUCAGAUAGUGUCAUAUGCGAGUCCCAGAGUGGUUUCUCUCUUAACAGAACUUCAAAUGCAGUGUCAAAGUUCCGUUUUACCAAGAUAAAAGGCAUUGUUCCUAAUCUGUACAAUAGCAGUAAUCAAAUAAUGGGUACUGUUUCAGAGAGCGAAAGUGACACUCAGAUUUGCAGUGGUACCGUAAUUCAGUCCAGUUUAACUGUGUGUGGAAAGGUUGGAAUUAAUCGUCAGGUGUCUUUGAAGCGGCAGUUUUCUGACUCUGUUGUCCAGUCUGUCAAAGCUUUUCCAACAUCGCAGAUGGAUAAAAGAUGUUCAUUGGAAGAAAUUGAAAGAAAAAAGCAAGAAGCACUGGCUAGGAGAAAGAUGAGAAUGCACACAAUAGUAAAUAAAAAUGCAGCACCCCCUUAAUUCAAAGAAACUGACCAGAUGAAAAUAGAAGCACUAAGACUCUUAGUUUGCAUCUGUACCAUUCAGAUGUUAUUGUGCUCCUGACUUCUCCAUGAGAAAUUUGAAAAGCAUUAUUAUUAAAUCAGUUAUUUAAAGUAGUGUUUACAGUUGUAAACUUUUCAUUUGCCUGUUUUGUACAGGGCAUUAGCUGAUUUGUAAAAUAUACUAUUUGAAAUUAUUGAUGACCGUUAAGACCACGGACUGGAAGUGCAUUAUUUUGUAGUUACUGAUCCUGAUAGGAUUAGUAAAUAAAUACAGAAAGCUCAAGGUUACUGUAAGAAAACCAACCUCAGCUGAGCAAAAAUUGCAGUACUUAAUUACUUUUUAAUGCAGAGCAUAUUUAAUUUGUAAAUAUAUGUAUUAUGUGUACUUCGGUUCCUAAAUAUGGUGUACAGUAAGUGCCUGGUCAGCCUUUCCACAGAUACUCUAAGUUACAGUUUUGUUACAUCAGUUUAAAAUAUCCCACACCAUUUAAAAUCACUGUUGUAAAUGCUUUAAAUAUGGUAUUUACAAGAAGUAUCACAGUGUGUAAUAAAAUGUUGCGCAUGCA